AUGGCGUCGUCCACUGCUUCUUUGCCCGCAGUGGCAAGGAGCAUGAUCCUGUCCUGCAGGUCGCCAUUGCGGCAAAAAUCUCCAAUUGCUCCGUUUCUCUAUCCGCUCCAGCAGCAGCAGGUCCGAGGAGCGAAGAAUAAUGCGCAGGCCAAGAAAAAGGACAAGCCAAAGAAGAAAGAUCGUGCUCGGCAGUACCAGUACAAGGAUCUGAAGAAUGUUACGCAAUUCUCACUCUGUGAUGCGAUGAGAUACCUCCGGGCCUUCGAAGUAGGCCGUGACCGCCAAGUAGCGAAAUAUGAGGUUCACAUUCGAUUGAAGACCAAGAAGGAUGGCCCUGUCAUUCGCAACAUGGUCCGCUUCCCUCAUGCCGUCACCGAAUCCAGAAUCUGUGUCAUCUGCCCACCUGGCUCGAAACAUGAAAAGGAAGCCAAAGAAGCAGGCGCCGUGCUGGUUGGAGAGCAAGAAGUCUUUGACCAGGUGAAAAAUGGCGUCAUUGAUUUCGAUCGGUGCAUCUGUCAUACCGACAGUUUUGAUGCCAUGAACAAGGCCGGCAUGGGUCGAUAUCUGGGUCCCAGGGGCUUGAUGCCCAGCGUGAAGAUGGGCACUGUGGUCGAUGAUGUUGGAAACAAGGUCCAGAUGCUGCGCGGAGGUACAGUCUACCGCGAGAGAGAUGGAGUGAUCCGGAUGCCCAUUGGCCAGCUGGGAUUCUCGCCCGACCAGCUGCGGGAUAAUCUGCGUACGACCAUCGAGCAGAUCAAGAAGGAUGCUGCCCAGCUGAGCGACCGCAUCACGAAGGAGAUCUACGAGGUGGUGUUGAGUUCGACCAACGGACCCGGGUUCAGUCUCAACGGGGAUUUCAAGUCGGAGAAUUCACCGGACCCGGAAGCUUUGACGGGACUGUAA